CCUCGACUCGGGAACUUCAACCUUAUGGACACACAUUAAAUUGGUAUCCCACGAUGACAAACUUGCGAAUAUCAGAGUGGCGGAAGCUCCCAAUAAGCCUCAAAGAACUUUGCAUAGAUACCACAUUGAGAUGUGGUCAAUCUUUCCGAUGGAGAAAGCUGGAGAAUGAGGGAUGGUACGUGCCUGGCUCUAUUGUCUAUCGUCAAGAAAGGGGCUAAAUUAUAUCACAGGACCUGUACUCUUCAUGGACAAAUCCUCAGUUUAAAACAAGAUGAAUCUGGCCUUCAGUAUCGAUCGAUGAGACCAAACAUUUCAUCUUCUUUAGAUCAACAAGCUCAACUCACUAAACCCGGAAUUGAUGUUCAGAACGAGCUUGAAGAGACUGAGCGUCUCCUCAAACACUAUCUCAACCUGGAGCCAAAUCUUUCCGCUCUUUAUGAACAAUGGUCAUCAGUCGACCCGAAUUUCAAAAAGAGGGCUCCUAGAUUUACAGGUAUUCGAAUAUUGAAGCAGGACGCCUGGGAAGCCCUCAUUGGAUUUAUUUGUAGCAGCAAUAACAAUAUUGUCAGGAUUUCACAGAUGGUAAGUGUUUUGCUCUGCUUUCAUCCUCCGCGUCACUCUUCAAUUUUUGAGGCAUCGAGCGCAAGUAUGGCGGACUGUUCUACAACUGGAAAAUAGUCAAAUACUUGCAUCUCACCGAGGAUUGUUCAGUUUUGCUCCGAAGUCUCAUCUCUAAUUACUGUACAGGUUCACAAUCUUUGUUUACAUUACGGUCCGCUCAUUGGGCACGUGAACUCUCAGCCUUUCCAUGACUUUCCUACACCAGAAUCGCUCACGGGGCCAACAGUCGAAAGCCAUCUUCGAGAACUUGGCUUUGGAUAUCGAGCUCGCUACAUCGCCAGGACUGCAACGAUAGUCGCAAAAGAAAAACCUGAAGGUUGGUUGCAAAGCUUAUGCAAUAACGAUGAUUUUCCUGAUCAAAAGCUACCCCCUGGUGGUCGAGAGGGAUACCGUCGAGCCCAUGAAGAACUUCUUAAUCUCCAAGGUGUCGGUCCAAAGGUCGCAGAUUGUGUUUGUUUGAUGGGCCUUGGAUGGGGCGAAUCUGUGCCCGUGGAUACCCAUGUUUGGCAAUUCGCUCAACGGGAUUACAAGUUUGGUAAAGGAAAACACAGGAGCCUUACCAAAGCAACUUACGAUGCUGUUGGCGAUCAUUUUAGACAACUUUGGGGCAUUGAGGCAGGAUGGGCUCAUUCAGUACUCUUCGCCGCGGAUCUGAAAACAUUUUCUGAUAAAGUGGCGACAAAGGUCGAAAUUAAGGUUGACGAGAUCAAGGUUAAAGAAGAGGGCGAGACGAUCCUAGACCUUAAAACAGUCUUGAAAAGAGAGUACCAAGUGGACGUGAUCAAGGACGAAGUAGACGAGGAGAAAACGAAAGAACUUGCGCAAGACAGUCCACGGGCUGGCAGAGCAAAGAGACGAAAACUUUGAGGGCACCAAGAUGUAAAUAUAUAAGCUUAAUAAAUUUAUAAAAGGGAUCUUUUCA